GCUCUUGGUCGGGCCCGCCGAAAUGGGCGAGCAUAAUCUUCUUAAUCCUGGGUCCGGGUUUGUGGGACCUUUGGUAAACAUCCACACUGGAGACACAUUUUACCUCCCCAAUUUCAGAGCGUCUGGGGGACAACUGGCGGGUCUACCCUCUCUCUCCUACCCAAGAAGGGACAAUGUAUGCUCGCUCCCUUGGACCCCUUCGGAGCCGUGCAAUGGAUAUCCUCAACCCUACUUUAGCAGUCCCAUGCCCAUUAAUCCCUCUUUCAACCGUGCAUGUGAAAUCACCAGACAAGAUGAAAGCAAAUGUUUUUACAGCAACGGUGGCGGCAACAGGGAACCCUGCGCUGAAAGCGCAAUCCUCAAACGUGAAGAGAGGGCAAGAGGAGACUCCUCUUCUUCCAUAACGACGGAGCAUGGACAGCACAACGGGAUGGGCAACAAUGGUCCAUUUUCCAAGUACGACUAUGGCGCCGAGCAGUUGACCCAAGAUCCGCCAUCCUGUCAAUCCCUAGAAUCUGACUCCAGUUCAUCGCUGCUCAAUGAAGGGAGCAAAUCUUCUGCAGGCAUCGCUCAGGCGUUGACAUCCCCUGGCAAUCACGCACUAAGCACAGAAGCGGGUGGAGGCGCCCCGUGGUAUCCAAUGCACACCCGAACUCGAAAGAAACGUAAACCCUACUCCAAACUCCAGCUGGCUGAGCUGGAAGGCGAUUUCAUGCUCAAUGAGUUCAUCACCAGACAGCGGCGGAGGGAACUCUCUGACCGCCUAAACCUCAGCGACCAACAGGUUAAAAUAUGGUUCCAGAACCGGCGUAUGAAGAAGAAGAGAUUGAUGCUUAGGGAGCAGGCCCUGUCCUUCUUCUAAAAGGGAGAGAGAGGUGAAAGAGAGAUUGUGAAGCGGAAUAUAGGCAGGCAGUAUUUUAAAUUAAACGUACUGUAUUUUGGUGUUAUCAAAUUCGAUCGCAUAGCAUGCACAGUAUGAAGUCUGAUGUCCUUAAGAAGGAGGACGCAUCUGGUUUAUCACUACAUACUUCGAAAAACAUAUUUCCAAAUAUAUGUUUAUCUGACCUUGAGUCGCAUAAAACGUUACUAAAGUAGUGACAGUGCAAGGGGGUAAAGUAUUCCCUAGCCUGUAUUCCGUGUUCUUUGAUAGGCCUAUAGAAACAUCUAAUUAGUAAACGCCCUGGAAUGAAAGGCACAGUAAUUUGGGAAAAUAUAAUUUGUGAUUUGUAACUUUUUUGAUACAUAUAUAUUUGACUGUGUAGUUUCCCAUAACUUUACCAAUACAAUAACUACACACUUGUGGCUCACUCGCUAUGGCGGAACGUCCUAGAUCAACCAAGGUCACAAUCAUUGAAAAAAUGUUUUGGGACUAAUCAAA